AUGGCGUUCAAGAUGCUGUCCCACGCGCUCCUCCUCGCCUUCCUCUCCCUCUUCACCUUUGUCGCCGCCGACUUUGGCUUCACCACCUCGGGCAACAACUUUGUCAUCGACGCCGGGUCCGCCAACCCCCUCAUCUUCACCGUCUCCAAGUCCAGCUGCGACAUCGCCUCCAUCAAGUACCGCGGCAACGAGCUGCAGGGGAGCUCCGGCAAGGGCACCCACAUCGGCUCCGGUCUCGGCACCGCGACCGUGUCCGCCGCCGAGGUCACCGUCAACGGCCAGCGCGUCAUCAAGGUGACGUGCGCCACCUCGACCCUGACGCACUACCUCGUCGUGCGCCAGGGCGAGUCCAUCAUCUACAUGGCCACCUACAUCACCGCCCAGCCCUCCAUCGGCGAGCUCCGCUUCAUCGCCCGCCUGAACAAGAACGUGCUGCCCUACGAGUACCCCUUUGGCGACGUCUCGUCCACCCUCGACAGCAGCACCGUCGUCGAGGGCUCCGACGUCUUCGUCGUCAACGGGCAGACCCGCUCCAAGUUCUUCUCGAGCGAGCGCUUCAUCGACGAGGAUUCGUGGUGUGUCUACGGCACUAGCACCCCCGAGGAGAUCCACGCCUGCGUCAUCGUGCCUCAGCGCGAGUCCUCCUCCGGCGGGCCCUUCUUCCGCGACAUCAACUCCAACCGCGUCGGCGACUCCACCAACCUCUACAACUACAUGAACAGCGGCCACGUCCAGACCGAAGCCUUCCGCACCGGCCUCCACGGCCCUUACCUCUUCCAGUUCUCCCGCAGCGGCAUCCCCACCAAGAAGUCCGCUGACGUCUCCUUCUUCUCCGGUCUCGGCCUCCAGGGCUAUGUCGCUGAUUCCGGCCGCGGCCGCGUCACCGGUACCGCCUCGGGCGUCCCCUCCAAGUUCCAGACCGUCGUGCACUGGUACAACAGCGCCGCCCAGUACUGGACCUACGCCUCGUCCUCCGGCGCCUUCACCUCCCCGCUCAUGAAGCCCGGCACCUACACCAUGGUCCUCUACCAGACCGAGUACAAGGUCGCCACCACCUCCGUCACCGUUUCCGCCGGCGGCAUCGUCUCCAAGAACAUCGCCAGCACCCUCACUACCCCCGCCACUUCCCUGCUCAAGAUUGGCGAGUUCGACGGCCAGCCUACCGGCUUCCGCAACGCCGACAAGUUCCUCCGCAUGCACCCCUCCGACUCCCGCAUGGAGAGCUGGGGCCCCCUCACGUACACCGCCGGUUCCUCCGCCACCAAGGACUUCCCCAUGGCCAUCUUCAAGUCUGUCAACAACCCCACCACUGUCAAGUUCACCCUCUCUUCCGCCCCCGGCGCUGCCACCCUCAGGAUCGCCACCACCCUCUCCUUUGCCGGCGCUCGUCCGUCCGUCACCGUGAACAGCUGGAGCGGUGCUACUCCUGCCGCUCCUGUCAAGAUUGACUCCCGCGGCGUCACCCGUGGCGCGUACAGGGGUUACGGCGAGGUCUACGACUUUGCCGUUCCUUCGGGCAUCCUCGUUUCCGGCUCCAACACCAUCACCAUUAGUGUUGCCUCUGGAAGCAGCGGUGACACGUACUUGAGCCCCAACUUUAUUGUGGACGCUGUUGAGCUCUUCAAGUAA